AUGGUGUUCUCUCAGCCAUGUGAGGAAGGAUACGAUUCGUCGUCUCGGAAGACCUACAAGCCGUGCCCAUACAAACCUGUCUGGGAGGAUCCCACUGCAGAGAAGAUGAAGAUCGAGAAGGAGAUGAAAGGGUCCACGACUGGGAACGCAGCUAAAGCCAAGGCAUCGGAAGCUGCUGACUCAACCACGUCUACAGAGGAUAAGCCUGCCGGAGCAGGAGAGUCCAUGGCAAUUAAGUCAUCAGUCGUUCCUCCGCCAGAAGAGCAGAUCCUUACAGACAUGGAUGUGAUUCAUAUCAAUGUGCUGAUCUCGGGUGCUGGGUGA